AUGCACGCCUUUCCGGUCAUCCACGGUGGAUCGAACACCGAAAUCUCCUCGAUGCUCACGAACUCCAUGGCUGCGCCGCAGCCACAGGCCGUCCAGGCAGCUGUCAAGCUGCUGAAGGACAUGAACUGCCUCACGCGGGCUGGCGAGCUAACUGUUCUAGGUCGCGCGGUGGCCACCAUUCCGGUGCAGCCGAACGUGGCAAAGUUCCUGCUGAUCGCCGCAGCCUUCCGCUGCAUAAAGCCAGCAGCCUGCAUCGCCGCCUUCCUCUCCAUUAAGAGCCCCUUUCAGCAAUCUGUCAACGAGAGCCAGGACAAGGGCAAGGUCACAGGCAAGGACUACUUCAACAAGGGCUUUGCAUCAGACCACCUGACCAUGAUCCAGGCCUAUGUUGAGUGGAGAAGAGAGACCCUGCGUGGGAAGGGCGAUGACUUCUGCGAUGAGCAGGGGUUGAGCCCCGAGACGCUGGACAUGGCCUUCAUGAUGGUUCAGCAGUUUGUUUCCUUCAUGGUGGACGCCGGCUACGAUGGCGAGGACGUCACAGGGGAAGGCGACCUCGGGGAAGUCGAUCCUGUGAAAAAGGGCUCCGAUGUGGACGCGCUCCUCAAAGCCGCCAUGGUCGCCGGCUUUGCCCCCAAUGUCUGCGUCCUCUAUCGGGGUAAUCGGUCACCGUACUGGUACCUGGAUAGCAACGAAGAGGUUUCCCCCUUCCGUGGCUCCGCAAACGCUGACUACCAAAUGUCCGGCGCGGACGGAGAAGAGUGGAUGGUCUUCAGCGACUCCAUGAAAAUGGGUAGAUUCAACUCCAUCAUGGACUCGUCGCUCGUCUUCUCACCUUUCGUUCUCCUGUUUGCAAAUGCGCUGAUGGUGGACGAGAAGAAAAACGAGAUCCGCUUCGACAAGUGGUACGCGUACAUCCAGCAAGGACCCUGGGUCAAGGAGCUCCUGUACCUAAGAAGCCAGGUGAUGCCACAGUUCAAGGACGCCAUGGAGGCCCGAAAUAUCUCUGAUUUCCCGAGGGAGCUCGUGGCCCGGAUGACGGACUUUCUCAGGAUCGCGAAAGUUACGCUUUCAGUCACAUCUGUGAACAUGGACAGUGUGCACGCCCUCUUUGUGCACAGGACCACGGAGAGGAGGAAGACGAAGAGGAACAGUGACGUAGCAAUCGCAUCGGCACAGGGAUCUUCUCAGACCUCCUUCCACCUCUAUGUCAGCACAUCCUGGGAAGAGCCAGUCCGUAGAUUUUGGGCCGGCGAGUGGAGGGGCCCCGAGGAUGUUCCUGUGCCCGACGACGACUCGGGAGAUUUGGACGAACCGGCGGCCGCCAAGCCGGCCAAGACCAAGCUGAAAGCGGCAGAACAGCCCACACGGCUUUCCCGUGGCCAGCGGAAGCGACAACAGCGCAAGGAGAACUUUCUGAGGAAGUUCGAGCUUGCCAACCUCAUCGGAAAGCAAGAGGAGGCCUUCCGGACGGGCAGCUUGGCAAACUUGGCGGAUCUCACCGCGCACCUCGAGGAGGACAAAGCGCCGGCGACGGCAAAAGGGCCAAAGCGGCUAGGAAGGAAGGCCCAAGCCGCCCAAGAUGAGAGGGAGAUGGCCCAGUUUCAAGGUGUGCUGGGCUUUAAGGCCUUCCAGGCAGAUCCCUUCGGAGCCCUGGAGCAGCAUCUGAAGAACAGCAUCAAGCUCCAGAAAGAGAAGGAGAAGACGGCCGCGGGCAAGCAGAAGGCCAAGCUGUCUCAGCUGAAGGACGCCUUCCGAUCGAAGAAGAGGCUCGGAGCUGUGAAGAACAAGUUUGCCAAGUCCAAGAAGCCGAAGAAGUGA